CUUGUUCGCCAAGAUGCGGAUGCGUGCUAAGCUGUCGCAGGUUGUCGAAAGGCCGCGGGCACUAGUUGUUCAAUGGUGGUAGUUCUGAUGCUCAUGAUAGGCUCGCUUAAUGUUGGCGUGGUGUGGUAAUAGCAAGUUAAGUGCAUCGUGGUGCGUCAGAAUGACAAAUGCGACUUAUUAGCGCUUUUGACGAUGAUCUGUUUGUUGCGACGUUGUAGACCUGGCACAAACAAAUCCACAUUCAUGGAUGUGUCGAAGUUGAAAAAUAUUGGCAUUCUGAAGAACUAAUUUACUUGCAAGAUAUCCCAAACUAAUACAGAUUCUGUAAAUGCUUGUUGGGAUGUAGUGGAAGGUGAUGGCAAACUGGUUAAACCCCACAUUGGCUUUAACCUAUCUGUUGCUGUGCCUGAAGCUGAUACAAGGUGCUGUGCAGGAUCCAUCUUUGCUGUUUGCAAACAGACUUGAUAUUCGUUUGGUGAACAUUCAGAGGCCAAGGACAAACAGCACUGUUCUUACCAAGGGUGUGCAUGAUGCAGCUGCCUUGGACUUCAACUUUGCUAAGCAAGAGGUCUGCUGGAUUGACAUCAGCCUUGAGGAGAUCAAAUGCACCAGCUUGGAUGGACCAUCUCGUGCGAGACGGCGCCGGGUAAUCACUGCUCGCAUGGUGAACCCGGACGGUCUGGCCAUCGACUGGGUCACCGAUAAGAUCUACUGGACGGACAGCGACACAAAGAUCAUCGAGGUGGCCAGCCGCUCUGGCGCCAACCGACGCGUGCUCUUCUGGGAGCAGGUGGACCGGCCGCGGGCCAUCGCACUUCUCCCAUCCGAGGGCCUGAUGUUUUGGACGGACUGGGGCGAGAUGCCCAAGAUCGAGCGCGCCGGCAUGGAUGGAGACCUCGCCACCCGCUCCGUGUUUGUGAGCGACGACAUCUUCUGGCCCAACGGCAUCACCAUCGACUACGACGCCAAGGUGGUGUACUGGACGGAGGCGAACAAGGACCGGCCGCAGAUAUCGGCGCAGCGGGCCGACGGUACCGGGCGCCGGACGGUCAUCCAGAUGGCGCCCAAGGUGUCGCACCCCUUCUCCGUCACUCUGUAUCAAGACAAGCUCUUCUGGACGGACUGGACGAACCGCUCCAUCUACUCGUGCAACAAGCGGACCGGCGCGGCUGUGCGCACCGUGCUUAGCGGCGAGAGCGGCGUCGUGCUGCAGCCGCUAGACCUGCACGUGUUCUCGGCCGCCCGCCAGCCGGCCGUCGAGUCGGCCUGCUCGCGAGACAACGGCGGCUGCUCGCACCUGUGCCUGCUGUCGCCCAGUCCGGCCGGCCACGCCUGCUCAUGCCCCACCGGCAUCCGGCUGCUAAAUGCCACCCGCUGCGCCGACCGCCCGGAGCGGCUCAUCAUGCUGGCGCGGCGCACCGACCUGCGCGUCAUCUCGCUGGACACACCGGACCACACGGACAUAGUGCUGCCGCUCAAGGGCGUCAACCACGCCGUGGCCGUCGACUAUGACCCAGUGGAGGACGCGCUCUACUGGACCGACGAAGGGAACAAGAUCAUCCAGCGGGUGUGGCUGGACGGUUCGGGCGAGCAGCGUGUGGUCCUUUCGGAGCUGCACAGCCCCGACGGCCUGGCCAUCGACUGGAUCGCGCGCAACGUGCACUGGACCGACACCGGACCCAACCGGAUCGAGGUGGCGCGGCUGGACGGCUCUUCGCGCAAGGUGUUGAUCUCUGAGGAGCUGGACGAGCCUCGCGCCAUCGCCGUCGACCCGGCGGCCGGGCACAUGUACUGGUCCGACUGGGGCGAGCAGCGGCCCAAGAUCGAGCGCUCGGCGCUGGACGGCUCGCACCGCCAGGUGCUCUUCGAUUCGGACCUUAAGUGGCCGAACGGCAUUACGCUCGACUUCCAGCUGCGCCAGAUCUUCUGGUGCGACGCCGGCAUCGACCGCAUCGAGGUGGCCGGCAUGGACGGGUCCGGCCGCCGUGUGCUGGUCAGUAGUGAGGUGCCGCACGUGUUUGGCAUCUCCCUGCUCGAUGAUUUCGUCUACUGGACUGACUGGACCCUGCGGCGCAUCGAGCGGGCGCACAAGGUCACAGGUGCUGACCGGGAGGUGAUCGUGGAGCACCUGCCCGACCUGAUGGGACUGCGCGUGGUGUCGCGCUCGGCUGAGACCGGCACCAACCGGUGCUGGGGCGACAACGCCGGCUGCUCGCACUUGUGCCUCAACACGCCUGACGGACCGGCCUGCCACUGCCCCAUCGGCCACGAGCUGACCAAGGACUUGAAAACCUGCAUCGUGCCCAAGGCGUUCCUGCUCUACAGCCAGAAGAAGUUUAUACGGCGUAUCAGCCUGGAGACGUUCCUGAAUGACGUCAUCAUUCCCAUACCAGGCAUCAAGCAGGCCGGCGCGCUGGACUUCAACAUGCACGACCAGCGCAUCUACUGGAUGGACAUCAACGACACGUCCAUCUCGCGCGCCUAUACCAACGGCUCCGGUCUUCAGAAGAUCAUCGAACUUGACACGGAAUUCCCCGAAGGCAUCGCCGUGGACUGGAUGGCGGGCAACAUCUACUGGUCGGAGGCGAUGACGGGCCGCAUCGAGGUGGCGCGUCUGAGCGGCGCCAGUCGGCGCGUGCUGCUGUGGAACAGCGCCAACCAUCCACGUAGCAUCGCCGUCGACGCAGGCGCCGGGUACCUGUUCUGGUCGGACUGGGACCACGAGCCAUCGCUGUACCGGUCACAGCUGGACUGCUCGGAGGCGGCGCGGUUCGUCACGUCGGUGGGCCGCUCCAACGGGCUGACGGUGGACCAGGAAGCCGGCCGACUGCUCUGGGUCGACAUCGACGGCGGGCGGGUCGAGUCGGUGCUGCUGGCCGGCGAGGGGCGGCGCGUGGUGCUGGCCGACCUGAAGAAGCCGUACGCACUGGCGGUGUACGGGCCGCACGUGUACUGGACAGAAUGGGCCGACAAGCGCAUCCAGCGCGCUGACAAGCUGACCGGCCAGAAUCGCAGCGUCGUCAAGGAGGACGUCGAGUUCGUGAUGGACAUCGUGGUGUUCCACCGGGCGCAGCAGGCCGGUUGGACAUCGUGCGCGCUCGACAACGGCGGCUGCGAGGGCCUGUGCUUUGCUCGGCCCCGCACCCCAGACGGCCAGACGGCCGACCACCGCUGCGGCUGCCGCUCCCACUACCGGCUGGCCGACGACGGCAGCAGCUGCCAGCCGCCGUCCGAGUUCCUGCUGUUCGCGCAGCGCAGCCGCAUCCAUCGUUACGUGUCGCUGCCAGACGAGGCGCCCGACAUCACCCUGCCCAUCUCGGCCGUGCGCAACGCGCGCGCCCUCUCGUUCGACCCCAACAACCAGCAUCUGUACUGGGCAGACGCCAAAACGCAGACGAUCCGCCGUGCGCGGGACGACAACACGGCACAGUACAUCCUGGUGCACAGUCUGGGCGGCUCGCACCGGCCUUACGACAUCCAGGUGGAGCCGUACUCGGGCGUGCUGUUCUGGUCGUGCACGGAGCAGAACGCCAUCAACGUGACCCGGCUGAACGGUAGCCAUGUGGGCCUGGUGGCCGGCGGGCCGGGCAGCAGCGACAAGCCGCGCAACAUUGCCCUGCUGGCCGAGAUCGGUCUGAUGGUGUGGACGAACGUGGCGUCGCCGGCGCGGAUCGAGCUGUCGCGGCUGGACGGCUCGCAGCGGCGGAUCCUGGUCGACCGUCAGAUCGCGUUCCCCUCCGGCCUGGCCGCCGACUUUCACUCCAAGCGCGUCUUCUGGGCUGACAGGCAGAAAAUCUGGUCCUCAGACCUGCACGGCAAAAAGCAGCUGCUGGUGGACAGGUCGCUGGGCAAGGUGCGCGGCCUGGCUGUGCUUGGCGACUUCCUGUACUGGGUCGACCCCGACCAGCAGCUGAUCGAGCGCGUGCACAAACAGACGGGCAAGGAGCACCACGUCGUCGUCAGCCGCAUGGAGGGGCUCACCGCUCUAGCGGCAGUGUCCCGCCUCACACGGCAGACGAUCACCUCGCACCCGUGCUACGGCAACGGGCUGUGCUCGCACCUGUGCGUGGCCGUGGCGGGCCAGGCGACGUGCUCGUGCCCGCGCGGCCUGACGCUGGGCCGCGACAACCGCACCUGCCGGCAGCCACCGUCGUGCGGCCGAGACGAGUUCGCUUGUCCGCACGGCAAGCCCGCCUGCGUGCCCAUCAGGUGGAGGUGCGACGGCAAGCCGGAGUGCGCCGGCGGCGCCGACGAGCUCAGCUGCUCGGCGUGCACGACCGCCCAGUUCGCCUGCCACAACGGCCAGUGCAUCGACCGCCAGCUGGCCUGCGACGGGCGGCCGCAGUGCGACGACGGCUCGGACGAGCCGGUCUGCUGCCAGCCGAAUCAAUACUUCUGCGACCGGUCGCAGCAGUGCGUGUCACUGAAGCAGUUGUGCGACGGUGUGUCGCACUGCGCGCACAGUGAGGACGAGCUGGCGGCCUUGUGCGCCGGCAGCGUGCGCCGCGUUGGCCCGGCGGCCGGCGCCGCGCGCUCGCAGCACAGCCUGCUUGUUAUCCUGUCCGUGUUCGCCGUCAUCGCGCUGGCCGUGGCUGCGUUCGUGCUCUGGUGGUGUCGCUGCCGCGGCGGCAAGGUCAAGCCAGAGCCGGAGGCAGGCGGCGGUCCGCUGGCGCCGGCCGCCGGGCCACCGGGUGUGCGGCCUCGCACCGCCGGUGGUGCGCGGCGCAGCGGCCGGCCACGCCGCGAGUCAGUACCGCUGUCGGUGCUGGCACGGCCGGCAGCGCCGGCCUCCAGCCCGGUCAGCUCGCCGCCGUAUGACCGGGCGCAUGUGACGGGUGCCUCCAGCUCGAGCUCCGGCUCGGCCGGCACGCGCUACCCGCUGGAGCCGCUGAAUCCGCCGCCGAGCCCGGCGACGGCGCUGCACUCGGCGGCCGCCUCGUCAGCCGCCGCUGGCUCCAGUCACGCAGCCACAGUCGGCUCCUACCGCUACUACAAGCUGCGCAACCGGCCGCCGCCGCCGACGCCGUGCAGCACCGACGUGUGCGACUCGGACUCGGCCACCUACUACGCCUACCGCUGCGGCUCAGCGCUCGACUCGGACUACGAGUCGGACACGUACGGCGUGGCGCUGCCGCCGCCGCCGCCGCCGCCGUCGGUGGCGGCCAACCGGCCGGCGGCGCCGCGGCGCGAGCACCGGCCCAAACCACCGCCACCGUCGCCGGUGGCCGAGCGCUACCUGCUCUAGCGACGGCGGCGCCAGUUCCUCGGCCGCGCGGCGUUGUUACUGCGCGGUCUCGUGUCCGCUGCCUCGCUCACCCACUCACACUCAUCGCUGUCCGGCUGGCGUGCGCGGCGCGCCGGCCCUGUGGCGGCUGUGCGGCGGCUCGCCCGUGUUGCGAUGGGCGACGCCUGGUGCCACCUCCGUCUUCCAGCGGCCAGCGGCUCCGCUCGAGAAGACUCGUACAAAGAAGAGCGUCGGCAGGCGGCCCGGCCGCCACUGCCUCUCUCGCCAUAUGUAUGCGUGCCUUUUCAGUACAAUCACCGGGGUGGCACGCGCUGCUCGCCACCGUCCGAGUGACGAAUUUGUAUGGGUAGGACAUAAUGUUGUACGCUCUUCGAGACUCUAGAGCUCAUCUACGCGAAAGUUUAGGAUGUGACAGGUCUUAAAUGUUAAACGAAUACAUUGUACGACGCGACCAGA